UGUUUUUUUUUUUUUUCUUCCCUUCAUUUCUUGAGGCAACGUGGAUUUAUUUACCCUGCCCCGCUUCUCCUCCGCCGCUCGUUAUUUUUAGAGGACGGGGAGAGGGAAGAAAGCGAACAAUUUUGGACUUCUUUUUGCUUUGUUUUGUUUUCGGAAAGGGGGUUUUUGUCCAAUUAAAGAAAGAGGAAUGAAGUCUGGCGCUGGAGGAGGGUCCCUCGCCGUCGUCUGGGGGUUCCUGCUCGUCUUCGCCGCACUUUGUCUGUGGCCAACAAAUGGGGAAAUUUGCGGGCCAAAUGUCGACAUUCGCAACGAUAUCCACGAGCUGAAGCGCCUGGAGAACUGCACGGUGAUCGAGGGCUUCCUGCAGAUCCUGCUCAUCUCCAAAGCCGAGGAUUACCGCAACUUCCGCUUCCCAAAGCUCACGGUCAUCACUGACUAUUUGCUGCUGUUCCGUGUGGCAGGCUUGGAAAGCCUCAGUGAUCUCUUCCCCAACCUCACAGUCAUUCGUGGCAGGAACCUCUUCUACAACUAUGCCUUGGUUAUCUUUGAAAUGACAAAUCUUAAAGAGAUUGGGCUGCACAACUUGAGGAACAUCACGCGCGGGGCCAUCCGGAUCGAGAAGAACUCUGACCUGUGUUACCUCUCCACGGUGGACUGGUCUCUCAUCCUCGAUGCAGUGUCCAAUAACUACAUCGUUGGGAAUAAACCUCCAAAGGAAUGUGGGGACUUGUGUCCUGGAACAAUGGAGGAGAAGCCAUUGUGUGAGAAGACCUCUAUUAACAAUGAGUACAACUACCGCUGCUGGACCACCAACCACUGCCAGAAAAUGUGCCCCAGCUCGUGUGGGAAGCGAGCCUGCACAGACCAAAACGAGUGCUGCCACCCCGAGUGCCUGGGGAGCUGCACGGCGCCCGACAACAACACGGCGUGCGUGGCCUGCCGCAACUACUACUACGAGGGCGUGUGCCUGCCCACCUGCCCCCCCAACACCUACAAGUUCGAGGGCUGGCGCUGUGUCACCAGGGAGUUCUGCUCCAAGGUCCCCGCCACGGACGCCAGCGAGUACGAGAGGUUUGUGAUUCACAACGACGAGUGCAUGGCCGAGUGCCCCUCGGGCUUCAUCCGCAACGGCAGCCAAAGCAUGUUCUGCAGCCCUUGUGAGGGGCCUUGCCCCAAAAUCUGCGAGGAUGGGAAAACAAAGACCAUUGACUCGGUCACGUCAGCACAAAUGUUGCAGGGAUGCACAAUUCUCAAGGGAAAUCUGCUGAUCAACAUCCGCCGUGGAAAUAACAUUGCCUCAGAACUGGAGAAUUUUAUGGGUCUGAUUGAGACAGUAACAGGGUACGUGAAGAUUCGUCAUUCCCACGCAUUGGUCUCCCUGUCUUUCCUGAAGAACCUGCGGUACAUUCUGGGAGAGGAGCAGGUGGAUGGGAAUUAUUCCUUCUACGUGCUUGACAACCACAAUCUUCAGCAGCUGUGGGACUGGAACCAUCAUAACUUGACAAUCAGUGAGGGGAAAAUGUACUUUGCAUUUAAUCCUAAACUGUGUGUUUCUGAGAUUUACCGUAUGGAGGAAGUUUCAGGAACCAAGGGACGACAGAGCAAAGGAGAUAUAAAUCCAAGGAACAAUGGGGAGAGAGCCUCUUGUGAAAGCAAAAUUCUGCAUUUUGUUUCCAACACGACGCUGAAGAAUCGGAUUAAACUGACAUGGGAGCGGUAUCGCCCUCCAGAUUACAGAGACCUCAUCAGCUUCACUGUUUACUACAAAGAGGCACCAUUCAAAAAUGUGACAGAGUAUGACGGGCAAGAUGCGUGUGGCUCCAAUAGCUGGAACAUGGUUGAUGUUGACCUGCCACCAAACAAAGAGAACAAUCCUGGAAUUCUGCUGCAGGGAUUGAAACCUUGGACUCAAUAUGCCAUUUAUGUCAAGGCUGUUACCCUCACAAUGAUGGAAAAUCAUCAUAUUCAUGGAGCAAAAAGUGAAAUUAUCUAUAUUCGAACCAAUGCUGCAGUGCCAUCCAUUCCCUUAGAUGUUAUUUCAGCAUCCAACUCCUCAUCCCAGCUGAUUGUGAAAUGGAAUCCUCCUUCUCUUCCCAAUGGGAACCUCUCCUACUACAUCGUGCGCUGGCAGCAGCAGCCUCAGGACAGUUACCUGUACAGACACAACUACUGCUCCAAAGAUAAAGUCCCAAUUCGAAGAUAUGCUGAUGGGACCAUUGAUACAGAAGAAGCCACUGAGCCCACCAAGCCAGAGGGCUGUGGGGGAGAAAAAGGACCUUGCUGUGCUUGUCCCAAGACAGAGGCAGAAAAGCAAGCGGAGAAGGAGGAAGCAGAGUACCGGAAAGUCUUUGAGAACUUCCUUCAUAACUCCAUCUUUGUCCCCAGGCCGGACCGGAAGCGGAGGGACGUGUUCCGAAUCGCCAACGCCACCUUGGCCACCCGGAGCAGGAACGCCACCGGCACCGACCACUUCAGCAACGCCUCUGACACGGAGGAGAGCGAGGUGGAAUAUCCCUUCUUUGAGACCAAGGUGGAUGGCAAGGAGAGAACCGUGAUCUCCCAUCUGCAGCCUUUCACUCUUUACCGCAUCGAUAUUCACAGCUGCAACCACGAGGCCGACACGCUCGGCUGCAGCGCCUCCAACUUCGUCUUUGCCAGAACGAUGCCCUCAGAGGGAGCAGAUAACAUUCCAGGAACAGUAUCAUGGGAAGCAAAAGAGGAAAAUACUGUCUACCUGAAGUGGUUGGAGCCUGCAAAUCCAAAUGGGCUGAUCCUGAUGUAUGAAAUCAAAUAUGGGCAGCACGGCGAGGAGAAGCGGGAAUGUGUUUCCAGACAGGAAUACAAGAAGCUUGGAGGAGCUAAACUAACUCACCUGAACCCUGGAAACUAUUCUGCCAGAGUUCAGGCCACUUCCUUAGCUGGGAAUGGGUCCUGGACUGAGCCCAUCUCUUUCUAUGUGCAGCCCAAAUCAGCAAACUAUGGAAACUUCCUGCACUUGGUAAUUGUGCUACCAAUUGCUCUGCUGCUCAUCCUUGGGGGAUUGCUGAUAAUGCUCUAUGUCUUUAACAAAAAGAGGAACAGUGACAGACUGGGCAAUGGGGUACUUUAUGCUUCUGUGAACCCCGAGUACUUCAGUGCCUCAGACGUGUAUGUUCCAGACGAGUGGGAGGUGCCCCGGGAGAAGAUCACCAUGUGCCGGGAGCUCGGGCAAGGCUCCUUUGGGAUGGUGUACGAGGGCAUCGCCAAGGGAGUGGUGAAGGAUGAGCCAGAGACCAGGGUGGCCAUCAAGACGGUCAAUGAGUCGGCGAGCAUGCGCGAGAGGAUCGAGUUCCUGAACGAGGCCUCGGUGAUGAAGGAGUUCAACUGUCACCAUGUGGUUCGGCUGCUUGGUGUUGUUUCUCAGGGCCAGCCUACACUGGUUAUCAUGGAGCUGAUGACACGUGGGGACCUCAAAAGUUACCUGAGAUCAUUGAGGCCAGACACAGAGAACAACCCUGGGCAGGCGCCCCCGACGCUGAAGAAGAUGAUCCAGAUGGCGGGGGAGAUCGCGGACGGCAUGGCUUAUCUCAACGCCAACAAGUUCGUGCACAGGGACCUCGCCGCCAGGAACUGCAUGGUGGCCGAGGACUUCACUGUCAAAAUUGGAGAUUUUGGCAUGACCAGAGAUAUCUACGAGACGGAUUACUACCGGAAAGGAGGGAAGGGUUUGCUGCCUGUGCGCUGGAUGUCCCCGGAAUCGCUCAAGGAUGGCGUCUUCACAACGCACUCCGACGUCUGGUCCUUCGGAGUGGUGCUGUGGGAGAUCGCGACGCUGGCGGAGCAGCCGUACCAGGGCAUGACCAACGAGCAGGUGCUGCGCUUCGUCAUGGAAGGGGGGCUGCUGGAGAAGCCUGACAAUUGUCCCGACAUGCUGUUCGAGCUGAUGCGCAUGUGCUGGCAGUACAACCCGAAGAUGAGACCCUCCUUCCUGGAAAUCAUCGGUAGCAUCAAAGACGAGCUGGACCCAGCCUUCAAAGAGGUCUCCUUCUUCUACAGUGAGGAGAACAAGCCCCCGGACACAGAGGAGCUUGACCUGGAGACUGAAAACAUGGAGAGCAUUCCUUUAGACCCCUCCUCCACCCUGCAACCCAGUGAGAAGCACUCAGGACACAAGGCCGAGAACGGCCCGGGCGUGGUGGUGCUGCGGGCCAGCUUCGAGGAGCGGCAGCCCUACGCGCACAUGAACGGGGGCCGCAAGAACGAGCGCGCGCUGCCGCUGCCCCAGUCCUCGGCCUGCUGAUCCCGGGGCCGGCGCCCCGCAGCGACACACACACACACAGGCAUUGGGGGAAGACGGAACGAAAAUCACAAUAUAUUCAAAAGCCUACUGUACCUCAGUGGAUCUUCAGAACUGCCAUAGCUGCACUUGGGAGAACCCUUUUUUCAGUAAACAAGUUACCGUCUUUUUCUUUUUUUUUUUUCAAUAUGCAAGCAGAUGUUUGUUUCAGUCAAGGACUCCAGUCAUGGGGCACACAGUUGGCCUUUUAAAACUCUUAAUGUUAACACUUAAUAGCAACAGAAAACUUGAGAUCUGAUGUCUCUCUCUCCUCUCUUCUCUCUCUUCUUUCUCUUUCUUUCUGUCUCUUUUUGCUUCAUAAUGGGAAACAUAUCUGCGUGCAAGUUCAACCGUACAGCACUUUUAUCAGAUCAAAGAUACUGCAGGCCAGGUGGUUCCCAGUACCCCUGCAAGCACCUGCCUAACACUGUAGGUCUUUAUAAAAAAAACCACAAACAAACAAAAAAACACAAACAAAAAAAAAAACACACACAAAAAAACCCUAAACUAAAAAAGACUGGAUUUUUAAUGUUCUCUUUAAUCUUUUUAGGAACAUGUAAAAGAAUAAAAAAGGGCCAUCAUUUGUCCAAGGCUGUUACCAUUUUCAACGCUGCCAAAUUUUGCCAAAAAAAUGAACUAUUUGUUUUUUGUUUUCGUUUGUUUUUUUUAUUUUGUUUUGUUUUGUUUUUUUGUAGUCAUGGAAGGAGCACAGUAAUCAACUGCUCUGUUCAAAACAGAUCCUGACCAAUAUGUUCUACUCAGUCAUGCACUGGUAU